GUGCUCGUAAUGUUAUGCCUGUCAGAAUCAGAAUUUGCCUGUGGAAUUCGACUGGAUGGCAAUGGGUACACAGAUAUUCUAAUAGCUAUCAACCCUGCUGUGACUGAAGAUCCUUUGCUCCUGGAACGAAUCAAGGAAAUGGUGUCUGACGCCUCCUCGUAUUUAUUUCAAGUGAUGAACAACAAAUUGUACUUCAAGGAUGUGACAAUAAUAGUACCCCCAAACUGGACAGGAAACUAUUCCAGAACAAAUACUGAAACAUAUGAAAAGGGCAAUAUCAUAAUAGAUGAGCCAAACUUAUCAGAUGGGAAUAAUCCUUACACUCUUCAGUAUGGGAAAUGUGGAACUGAGGGUCGCUAUAUCCAUCUGACUCCUGAUUUCCUGAUAGGUGAUAAACUCAUUAAAUUCUAUGGACCCAGAGGUAGGGUCCUUGUACAUGAAUGGGCACAUCUAAGAUGGGGUGUUUAUGAUGAAUAUGAUGAGAGAAAACCCUUCUAUACAGACGAUGGAAAACUGGAGGCUACAAGAUGUUCCAAGGAUAUUACAGGAGAGUGGCGAUCCAUCACCAGUGAAUUGACGUGCACACCGACCAAUAUCAACGGGAAGCAGUCCGACUGUUACUUCUUCCUGCAUGAAUCUCAAACGGCCAAAGCAUCCAUUAUGUAUAGUCAGAGUAUUGACUCAGUAGUCGAGUUCUGCAAUAAAAAAAAUCACAACACUAAGGCUCCAAACAUGCAGAAUAGGAUGUGUGGUGGCCGAAGUGUAGAGGAAGUUAUAUUUUCUUCCAGCGUGGACUCACAAUACAUCCCUUCCUGUUCUUUACCAUCACCCAGUCCAGAACCCACUUUCUCAGUGGUGAAAAGACAACAAAGAGUAGUUUGUCUCGUUCUGGAUAUUUCAGGAAGCAUGACGGGUCCAAGAAUUGUAAGACAACGUCAAGCAGCCUCACUUUUCUUGAAGCAAAUUAUUGAAGACCAAUCCUAUGCUGGGAUUGUAACCUUUCAGUCUAUUGCCUCAGUCCUACAACCAUUGACCUUGAUUGAUAAUUUGGAGACCAGAGAAAAGCUGGCUGAUUCACUUCCCACCAACCCCGGUGGUGGCACACAAAUAUGUGUUGGUCUUUUUAAAGGAUUAGAGGUUCUCAAAACACUUGAUGGGUUUUCAAAUGGAAAAGAAAUUAUUUUCUUGACUGAUGGACAGUCUAAUAGUCCAAUAGAUUGUGUAAACAAUGCCAAGGAAAGUGGUGCUACAGUACACACAAUUAGUUUAGGACCCAGUGGAGAUCCACUUAUGAGAGAGAUGUCUGAAAAAACAGGCGGUAGAUUCUUCUAUGCGGGAGAUACUUUGAAUUCCAAUGAUCUUGUGGAUGUCUUUGCUUCACUAACCACUUCUGAUGGAGAUCUGACACAACAGACAAUCCAGCUUGAAAGCCUUGGAUUUACUGUGAGUGGGUCUGGCUUGUUCAGUGGGACUGUGUCCAUUGACAAGACAAUUGGAAACAACACAGCUUUUCUGAUCCUCUAUGAACAAAAGCCACCACCAACCAUCCUUGUAGAAAGCCCCUCUGGAAAGACAAAUUAUACGUUUAAACCUGAUCCUCAAGGAAAUUCUCUCACCCUGAAUAUUCCAGGAACAGCAGAGACAGGAACAUGGACUUUCAACAUUACUAACAACGGACAAGCACAGACCAUGUCAAUAACAGUGACCAGUCGUGCGGUCAGUGUAGAUGUGCCGCCUGUUACAGUGAAGACCCACAUGGACCAACAGUCCAGUAACGGCACCAAACCCAUGGUGGUUUUUGCAGAGGUCAGCCAGAAUGGACUUCCUGUCAUACUGGCAGAUGUGAAAGCUACUCUGGAGUCUGAUGCUGGAGACAAACAAGAGCUGGAUUUACUAGAUAAUGGAGCAGGUGCCGAUUCUUUCAGAAAUGAUGGCAUCUAUUCCAGAUACUUUACGCAAAUGAAAGGUGGGAAAUACAACUUGAAAGUGAGAGUACAGAACGGAUAUGGAAAAGCUAGAUUCUCCCUCAGGAGACACAGUGGUGCCAUGUACAUACCUGGAUAUGUGGUUGAUGGAAAGGUGGAGCUCAAUCCAUCAAAGCCCUCUGUUGGUGAGGAGGACCUAGUGGCAGAUGUCGGCAUCUUCAGCAGGACAGCCAUAGGUGAGAGCUUCACUGUGAAUCUGCCCCCUGGUGUUCCUACUGCGACAAAAUUCCCCCCCAACACCAUCACAGACCUGAACGCAGAGUUGGUGAAGGACAGAGUGCUGCUCACCUGGACUGCACCUGGGGAGGACUUGGACCAGGGAACAGCGAGUGAAUACGAGAUCCGCUACAGUGAGGAUGCUGAUGUGCUCAGAUCCAACUUCAGCAACACUCAUCUGAUCAACUCAUCUAACCUGCUACCAAGUGAAUCUGGAUCCUCUGAACAGCUCUCCUUCACUCCCACCAGUGGAACGAUGACAAACGGCACCACUCUGUUCUUUGCAGUUAAAGCAAUUGAUAAGGAUAUGCUUUCCUCUGAAACCUCCAACCUUGCUCAAAUAACCAAGGUCAUUGGUUACAUUGAAAGUCCUGGCAUUGGUGUAUACAUGAUAGCAAUUUACAUAUCCAUCGCCGUGGUAGCCAUAGCGGUCGGUUUGAUUGUAGGUGUGACAAUGACUGCACUAAAACACAAACAGAGUCUACAAAUAACAGUCUAACAUUUUGCACUCUGCAAUGAUUGAAAGGACUGACCACUGCAUAGAAAACAAAGAAAGAUCAAAUAUCACAUAUUAUAAAAUAGGACGAUUCUGUUUUGAAAGCAAGUAAGGUCUGGUAUAUUGAAUUAAGAUUCUGAUGAAACCAAUAAUGUCCAUUCACAGAUUAAUUCCUGAAUAUUGAUACACACUUCCAACACCUUUAGUUGGACCUUUCUUCUGCCUUUCGUUAGUUUCAUUUUAGGUGGAAUGAUGGUCAUGCGUAUGUGCAUGCACUGUAAGGCUUGGGCCAUGCAUAAUGUUAAAAUGGCUCAGAUUAUAUAACCUAAUGUUUUCAAAUAAUUUCCAAUAGCUUUGCUACAUCUGCAUUGAAGCGUUUAUACACAGGCUCAUUCUAAAUGUAUUUCAAACACUCAAUUCAUAAAACUGAAGAGCCUGUGGUAUU